UGUUUUUUUCGGGUCCGCGACAGGUUUUGUCUUAAAUGCCUCUCUAGAAUCGUCCUCUCUACCAGGCCAUUGCUAUUUGCUCAUGCAUGCAUCUCUUAGCUAGGCCGGUCAGCUGUCCAAUAUUUCCGAUAUGGGUUCGAGUCGCUCAGAUGGCUCCGGAAAAGAUCGCCUGCGGUGGACACAAGAGCUACACGAUAGGUUCGUCCGGGCUGUUAAUCAGCUUGGCGGCCCUGAUAGGGCAACACCAAAGGGUAUCCUCAAGGCUAUGGGAGUUCAUGGACUAAACAUUUAUCAUGUCAAAAGCCACUUACAGAAAUACAGGAUCUCAAAAUUUAUUCCAGAAUCGACCAGUAGCAAAUUUGAGGGGAGCAGUAUUUCAGAAAUACUACCCAAUUUCAGUACGACAUCUGCUGCUCAACUUACUGAAGCGCUACAAAUGCAGCUGGAAGCACAAAGGCGAAUGAGUGAUCAACUUGAGGUUCAAAAGAGCUUGAAGCUUAAAGUAGAAGCCCAAAGAAGAUUCCUUGACAGAAUUAUGGAGGAACUUCGAAACCGCACGACCAUUACAAAAGCUGGCAAGCCGCCUCCUCCUCCUCUAUCAUCACUGCCUCCCCUCUGCGAGGAGUCUUCUGACUCCAAUGCAAAAGAAUUUGAAUCUGAUUCAGAGGCCGACAAAAGCGAAACACAGUCUGAUCAUCAGGAAGGAUUUAGAGCUCCAAAAAGGCUCAGGGUUGAAGAGGAUGUUCUGUCGCCAAGAUACAAGAUUAAUGCUUCAGUCGAUUUCGAGUCUUACUGCAGCCAAAACAUGUUUCUUUCAAAGGAAACGCAAAAAAAUUCAUCAUAUCCUGCCCAUGAUGUCAACUUUUCGUGGAAUUUUACAGCAGCUUUCCCAUAUCCUGUAGAGUAUUGGAGUGGAUAGCUCUAGCUAUUUAGAAAGUCAGCAUGGAAGAAACUCAAACAUCUUCAAUAAUAAGUGUACGUACUUUCUUAAUAAAGUUGUAGCAUGCACGCACGUACGUACGUACACCACUUGUACGUAAUCAAAACCGUGAUAUGGAGUAUUAAUAUCUUUCCUUUUUGGGAUUUGCUUA